AUGACGCUUGCCAUGAAGCGCCUACAUCCCGUGUACAAACAUCGACAGCUCGCCUUGACCGUGGUGUUGCAAAUGGAGGUCGCGUCCCCGUGCCCCUGGACCCUCAUGGAUGUUUUACUGGCCGACGCGGGUGCCUGCGACUUGGAUAUGGAUGCCGGCCUGGUGGAUCUCAUAUCACGCAGCAUUGCCCGUCUCGUGGACGGCGUCGCUGUCACGCCAAUGAUGGUGUUUGUGUUGGCGGACAUUGUAGCCCACCACGCCGGUAGAUUUGGACCCGACGAUUUCGACGCCCUGUUUCAUAUGCUCGACUGUGGGAAAAACACGAUCGACGCGGAUCGUGUGGAGCGGACUAUUAACAAUCUUGAGCAAAAUCAAUAA